AUGGCGCCCACGGGAACAGCCUCGCAGUUCGACCAGGCUGCCUUGGAGCGCCGUUUGGCGCUUCAGGGUAAGGCUGGUCCUGCGGCGUUGGUGCAGAAUGCACGAGUGUUUGGGAUUGCGUGCUUUGCGUGUCUGGGUGGACUGUUGUAUGGGUACAACCAGGGCGUCUUUUCGGGCGUGCUGGUUAUGCCGGCUUUCGAUGAGCAUAUGGGAGUAUGGACAGACAACGGGUCGAAGAAAGGCUGGCUCACCUCUAUCCUCGAACUUGGAGCUUGGAUCGGUACACUCUACUCUGGCUUCCUGGCUGAGAUCAUCUCACGAAAGUACUGCAUUCUGUUGAACACCGGCAUCUUCAUCAUCGGAGUCGUAAUCCAGACUACAGCCGUAACGUCCUCCGCGCACAGCUCCAUUCUCGGCGGUCGGUUCAUCACUGGUAUGGGUGUCGGCAGUCUGUCCAUGACUGUACCAAUGUACAACGCUGAAGUCGCACCACCUGAAGUCCGCGGUGCUCUUGUUGGUCUCCAACAGCUUGCCAUCACGACCGGUAUCAUGAUUAGUUUCUGGAUCGACUAUGGCACUCAAUACAUCGGUGGCACCGGCGACGGACAAACCGACGCAGCUUGGUUGGUCCCAUUGUGCCUCCAGCUGGCUCCCGCUCUCUUGCUCGGCGGCGGAAUUAUGUUCAUGCCCUUCUCUCCCAGGUGGCUCGUCCACCACGGCCGAGAGGAAGAAGCGCGCAGAACCCUCGCCAGACUCCGAGGCCUUUCCACCGACAGUGAGCUUAUCGAACUAGAGUUCACCGAAAUCAAGGCACAGUCUCUCUUCGAAAAGCGCACCACCGCCGAGCACUUUCCACACCUCGCAGACGGCUCCGCCAGCUCGACCAUCAAGCUCCAGUUCGUCGCCAUCGGCUCCCUCUUCAAGACCCGUCCAAUGUUCCGCCGUGUCGUCCUCGCCACCGUCACCAUGUUCUUCCAGCAGUGGACCGGAAUCAACGCCGUGCUAUACUACGCUCCUACUAUCUUCAGCCAGCUUGGUCUCAGCGGCAACACCACCUCCCUUCUCGCCACCGGCGUCGUCGGUAUCGCCAUGUGGCUCGCCACCAUCCCCGCCGUCAUGUACGUCGACAAGCUCGGUCGCAAGCCGAUUCUGAUCGUUGGUGCCAUUGGGAUGGCGACGUGCCACAUCAUCAUCUCCGUCAUCUUCGCCAAGAACGAGAAUCAGUGGGACACCCACUCUGCUGCUGGCUGGGCGGCCGUCGCCAUGGUUUGGCUUUUUGUCGUGCACUUUGGAUACUCCUGGGGACCUUGUGCGUGGAUCAUCAUCUCGGAGAUCUGGCCCAUCUCGCAACGUCCGUACGGCAUUGCGCUCGGUGCCAGCAGUAACUGGAUGAAUAACUUCAUCGUCGGCCAAGUCACAGUCGACAUGCUCGACUCCAUGAAAUACGGCACCUACAUCUUCUUCGGCCUCCUCACUUAUGGUGGCGCUGCGUUCAUCUACUUCUUCUUCCCGGAGACCAAGAACCUCUCCCUCGAGGAGAUGGACAUCCUCUUCGGCUCCGUUGGUGCCGCGCAGGCUGAUGCCGAGCGUAUGCGUGAGAUCAACAGGGAGGUUGGGCUUGAGGAUGCUGUGCGUGGCAACAGCGUUAACUACGAUGAGAAGCCGACGUUGGAGGAGAAGCAGAGGGAUGCUAGGGAUGGUGACAGUGACUAG